CCCCGCCCCGCAGCCAGCCCGCCACAGACUUAGCCUCGGCUUCACGCAUGCGCAGUAGAGAGUGGCGCGAGCCCGCGGCUUCCGGCUGAGGAACAUGAUGCAAGGAGAUGUAAGCCCCAGUGCUUCCCUUAUUGACAGAACCAUCAAGAUGAGAAAAGAAACAGAAGCUAGGAAAGUGGUUUUAGCCUGGGGAUUGCUAAACGUGUCCAUGGCUGGGAUGAUUUAUACUGAAAUGACUGGAAAGUUGAUUAGUACAUAUUAUAAUGUGACAUACUGGCCCCUCUGGUAUAUUGAGCUUGCCCUUGCAUCUCUUUUCAGUCUUAAUGCCUUAUUUGAUUUUUGGAGAUACUUCAAAUAUACUGUGGCACCAACAAGUCUGGUCGUUAGCCCUGGACAACAAACACUUUUAGGGCUGAAAACAAGUGUUGUACAGCCCACUCCUCCACGUGAUCUGGCAGCCACCCAAAUCCCUCCCUCUCCAACUUCCCCUUCAAUUCAAGGUCAGAGUGUAUUAAGUUAUAGCCCAUCUCGUUCACCCAGCACCAGUCCCAAGUUUGCCACCAGCUGCAUGACUGCAUACAGCCCUCAAUUGCAAGGACUCUCUUCAGGUGGUGGAGGUUCCUACAGUCCUGGAGUGUCCUACUCACCAGUCAGUGGUUAUAAUAAGCUGGCCAGCUUUAGUUCCUCUUCUUCAUCUCCAUACCCCACCACUGUGGGCCCUAUGGAGAGCAGUGGAUUGAGAUCUCGCUACCGUUCCUCACCUACGGUCUAUAACUCACCGACUGACAAAGAGGACUACAUGACAGACCUGCGAACUUUGGACACUUUUCUUAGAAGUGAAGAAGAGAAACAGCACAGAGUUAAGCUGGGGAGUCCAGAUGCUGCCUCCCCUUCUACCAGCCCUACUUUCUGGAACUAUAGCCGUUCUGUGGGGGAUUAUGCACAAACUUUAAAGAAGUUUCAGUAUCAGCUUGCCUGUAGGUCUCAGGCCCCAUGUGCUAACAAAGAUGAAGCUGAUCUCAGUUCUAAGCAAGCUGCAGAAGAGGUUUGGGCAAGAGUGACAAUGAACAGACAACUUCUUGAUCAUAUGGAUUCAUGGACAGCUAAAUUUAGAAAUUGGAUCAGUGAGACAAUCUUAGUGCCACUUGUACAAGAGAUUGAGUCUGUUAGCACCCAGAUGAGACGAAUGGGCUGUCCAGAACUGCAGAUUGGAGAGGCUAGUAUUACCAGCUUGAAACAAGCUGCCCUGGUCAAAGCCCCUCUCAUUCCAACUCUGAAUACAAUUGUGCAGUAUCUAGAUCUAACACCAAAUCAGGAAUACUUGUUUGAAAGAAUCAAAGAACUUUCCCAGGGAGGCUGUAUGAGUUCAUUUCGAUGGAACAGAGGUGGAGACUUCAAAGGUCGCAAGUGGGAUACAGACCUGCCCACUGAUUCUGCUAUCAUCAUGCAUGUGUUUUGUACCUACCUCGACUCCAGAUUACCUCCACAUCCUAAGUAUCCUGAUGGAAAAACAUUUACUUCUCAGCACUUUGUUCAAACACCAAAUAAGCCAGAUGUUACAAAUGAAAAUGUGUUUUGUGUUUAUCAAAGUGCUGUCAACCCUCCACAUUAUGAACUAAUCUACCAGCGCCAUGUCUACAAUCUUCCAAAGGGCAGAAAUAAUAUGUUUCAUACCUUGUUGAUGUUCCUCUACAUCAUAAAGACCAAAGAGUCAGGAAUGCUUGGGAGAGUUAAUCUUGGUCUAUCCGGUGUGAAUAUUUUAUGGAUUUUUGGUGAGUAGUGGAUCAUUUAAUUGGAACACUGGAACUUUUAUUUUAUUGAAGUGAAAAGUUGAAUGUAAGCAGCUUUGAGCCACUGCGUCUUCCGACUGAAACAAGACAAUGUGUGUUUUGUAGACUUGUUAGUUAACCAAAAAUGAGCUAUCAUGAAGCUACUUGUGAAAAUAAACCCUGAAUCCUCUAUUCCAAGAAACAUUACCUUGAUAACUGUAAAACUAACAACCCCAUCGAUGUGAAAUAGUGUUUUUUCCCUUUAAAUAAAUAAACUUAAGGACUCCUUUUCAUUGUAAACCCA